CAUAUAUCUAUCUUUAUAAUUUAGGCAGAGACAGUAAAUGGCAGAGCAAAGCAUGAAAGAGGAAAGUGCAGAGGAAGUAGUAUCUGAUGAAGAAGCUUAUCUGUUUGCCAUGGAGCUAGCUGGUGCCUCUGCUGUUCCCAUGGUUCUGAAGUCAGCCAUUGAACUUGGCAUCUUGGAAACCAUAGCCAAGGCUGGUCCUGGAGCUCAUCUUUCUCCUUCUGAAAUAGCUGCUCAGAUACCAAAUAUAAAGAACCCUAAUGCACCUGCUAUGUUGGACCGCAUGUUCCGCCUUUUGGUUAGCUACAACAUCCUCAAACUUCGAUUCCCCGAUGGUAAUAUGGCUGAAAGCCACUAUGCUCUUCACCCAAAAGCCAAAUACCUUGUCAACAAUCAAGAUGCUGUCUCUGUGUCUGCUUACUUUCUCAUGGAACACGACAAAGUCCUCACAGAAAUGUGGUACAAGUUGACAGAAUCAGUUGAGGAGGGUGGAUUUCCAUUUAAAAAUGCUUAUGGAAUGAAUGCCUUUGAGUUCCAUGACGCAAAUCCAAGAUUUAAUAGGCUUUUCAAUAAGGGGUUGUCUGAUUGCUCUAGCAUCACGAUGAAGAAAAUUCUUGAGAUUUACAAAGGGUUUGAGGGUGUUGGAUCUUUGGUUGAUGUUGGGGGUGGAACUGGGGCUAUCAUCGGCAUGAUUGCCUCCAAGUACUCCUCCAUAAAGUGUCUUAAUUUUGACUUACCCCACGUUAUCAAAGAAGCUCCAUCUUAUGCAGGUGUGGAACAUGUGGGUGGAGACAUGUUUGUGAGUGUUCCAAAAGCUGACGCAAUUUUUAUGAAGUGGGUAUGUCAUGACUGGAAUGAUGAGCAAUGCUUGAAAUUGUUGAAGAACUGUUAUGAUUCUCUUCCUGACACUGGAAAGGUGAUUUUAGUUGAAGGGCUUAUUCCAGAAACUCCAAAUUCUAAGUUAGCUUCAAAGUGUGAGUUUCAAAUGGACAUUGUGAUGUUGUGUCAUAGCCCGAAUGGAAAAGAGAGAACAGAGAAAGAAUACGAGGCUUUGGCUAAAGGAGCUGGAUUCCAUGGUUUCAGAAUAACAUGUUGUGUUUUCAAUAUUUAUGUUAUGGAGUUCCUUAAAAAGGCUUAAUUUUUAUCUUCUCCCACUUGUGUUGCAGUUAUGUUUUGAGAAUAGUUUGUUGGCUAAAAAAGUUUCUUCCCUUCUA